CACCCUUUUUACUGUUUUAUCAAUAUAAUUUAUCUAAUUGGUUUGGGAAGCCUCUUUUUUACAGGAUGUUUGCAGUGGACAUUAGAGCACUCUCCAGGAUUCUCUGGUUAAAUUUUGAUUGCGUGGAGUAUUUUUACCCGGGAGUGGAAGAGAUUUCUCCAAAUACUUGCUACUACAAUUUGUGGUUAGAACCCUAUUUUACUUGUAACCUAUGCAGGGUUUUCUCUAAUUUGUCAUUUUUUCUUGAUAAACAGAAAAUACUUAUACGGUAGAAACAGAUUUUUCAUUCUCUUCUGAAGAAAGACAAUUCCUGUCACUUUUAUUCACAGAUAAAACCACCUCCUAGGGACCUUCUAUGGCAAAUUAUGGACAAAAUGAUCCCUCCCCACCCUACUUAAUAAAUUAUUGAACUUCAUACCCUCCCUCCUGGUUGAGCUCGCCCCAGUCUUUUACCCCUAACCGAACGGAAUCACGUUUUGAAGGGAAUCGGCUUUGAAUGAUACUUUCGUUGUGUUAGUUCAGUAUUGAUUUUCUUUUCUUCCUUAACCGGAAAAAUUAUGAAUAAUGCAGUACAGUUAUGGGAUGGACAUUUAUCUGUGAUUACCAGGCCUGUACCUCAUGUUCAAAACCCGCUCCAAGUAGUGAUAAAAAUAACUUAUUCGGCGGUAUGCGGGACCGAUCUUAAGAUUCUAGAAGGAAAGUUUCCUUGUGAGAAGUCCAUUAUUUUAGGUCACGAAUUUGUCGGGAUUGUAAAGGAAGCAGGGAGUGAGGUGAAGCAUAUAUCCGUCGGCGAUCGUGUUGUUGUCAACCCAAACACUAGCUGUGGAAUGUGUGACAAUUGUGCCAAAGGGCGGCCAAAUUUCUGCAAAUUUGAAGGGGUUAAAGCCACCAUUGGAAUCAGGCGAAAUGGGGGUUGGGCACAGUACUGCCGUCUGCCAGCCAAGAAUGCUGUUUCCUUGCCUCAUCAGUUAUCAUUUGAACUUGGUUUGCUACUAGAACCAAUGUCUUGCGUUGUUCAUGGCUGGAAUCUUUUACAACCAAUCACUCCAGAUGCAGAAAUACUAGUUUGUGGAGCUGGAAGUAUGGGGUUAUUGUUUAUGUGUAUGCUACAUUUUAGAGGCUUCAGAGAAGUUGUUGUUACAGAGCUCUUGAAGGGACGACAAAAGAUUGCACAGAGACUUGACUUUGGUUUUCAAAUAGUUCAUCCUGAGAUUUUAAUUUCUGAAGCUAGGAAUGCAAAGCAGGACGGUGACGAAGAUUGGGGGUUUGAUAUUGUCAUUGACUGCACUGGGGAUCCUAAGACUUUGGAACAAGGAGUUCAAUGGUUGCGUCAAGGCGGGAAGUUUCUUCUUUUUGGAAUCUCUCCUGCUGGAUCCGAAGUUAAGCUUGAUCCUCACGAGGUGUAUGCUAAGGAACUGAAAAUUAUAGCAUCCAGAAUAAAUCCUUUUACCUUUAAUUCUACCAUGCAAAUACUACAGGACAUGGGAGAGCGAUAUUUGAGUUUUGAAAAGCUAGGGAUGCGCACUUUUCAACUUCAGGAAUUUACAGCAGCCCUUGAAGUCCAACGCAGUGGGGAAAUUUCAAAAGCAGUUUUUGAAAAUUGAUUAAUUUGUAAGUUUGAUUUAGCAUAAGUCAAGGUCACAGAAUCCUAAAAUAUAAAUUUGUCAGGCCUGGGUAGUCAGUUGGUUUGAAUCUGGGCCAUAGAAAGUUAUUGAAAAUAUCUGAAAAUUAUAUUUUUAGAUCACACCAAAGAUGGGAUUCUGUGGGUAUAGCACAUUGGGGAAAAGUUGAGAAACAGAUAGGAAUAACCCACAAUAAUCCAGUUCACAAUGUGACAGUGAGGUUGAGGGUUGGGGUUACCAUAGCUACAGAACUGCAAGAGCCAUUAUACACUUUAUCAGAGACGAGGGGAAUGUUACAUUUACAGGAAUAAUUAUUAUGAAAAUAAUAAUAACUGAGGUCAACUUUACAGUUUUGACCACGACUCACUUUUUUCGUACAAUACUACAUUUCAUUUGUAAUUGAGCUCAUGAUCUAUGAAAAGCAAGAUGGAAGGAACAACGAGCAUGUGUUGAAGAAUCAACCACAAAUAAAAAAUGUUCAUGUGCAAUAUUUUGGGUGACAAGAAGACUUCUACCAUUGUCCUGUCCUGUUCAUUUGCUUAAAAUGUAGUUAUGAAUCGUUGUUCGUUGUCAAAUAAAGGGAGGCAUUGAAAGGAGUGCUGCAUAAUUUAUGAUUCACUUCAAGAUUCUCUUGUUAAACAGCACAAGUACAGAUGUUGCAUCAAAAGUCACUUUCCCACACUCCUUCUAGUUUAAUUCAACCUUGAAGUGUCACGCAAAACAUUGCAGAUGAGAAAAAAAAAAAUAGUGAAAAUGGUGAAAAUUAAUUGGUGAAACAUAAACAACCAAGUAUACACAUAGUUCAUGUAUUUCAUUUUUUCAUCUUUCUGAAAAGAUCCUUGUUUUUAAAGAGACUGUAACACAUCCUUGGAUCAAAAAUAGGAAGUUAUUAUAACAGCGUACAUUGUAAAAAAUUCAUUUGUACUAUUCGGCUUUGCAUGUACAAAAUAAAUGUUUGCAGUUUCUGAUGUGUGAAUUUGCAUGUAUCAAAAAUAUACUCCAAUACGAAAAAAAAACAUUUGCAAAUGUGCAUUUAUCAAAAAUAUACUCCAAUUAAAAGAAUAUUUGUCAGGAGUUUUU